AUGAGCAUUAUCUAUGAGAACUACAACGAACGCUGCUGGUGCAGGGAAAUGGUGGAGACGAUCAGAAAGUUGAUUCUUACUUCCUGCUUAUCGUUAAUCGGCGCUGAAGGACGAACCUACAUUGGAAUGGCGGCAAAGGCUUCUGUUCACCGGUGAAAAAUGUCUGAUUGGUCGACGCGCGCCACGUGACUUUGCCAAAUUCAAAAUGGCGGCAAUACCUCCAUAGUUUGUUUAUUUCAAUGUAAAGAAGGUUAACUGCGGCUUAAUAUGAGUUGCAAAUGCAUAUCGGAUAUUUUUAGAAUAGCCUAGACUUUUUAUUAUCCUUUUUCACCUAUUCCUGUGGGAUUCGUUUCCUGCGAUGUUCGCGAUUUGGCCGGUUUACUGGAUUCAACUUUGUAUCACGAAGGACAACAAUGUUUCUGAAAAAAGCAGGGUCACUAGAAAGAACGGCCUUUGUUCACAGCUCAAUGCAGCAGAUAAAUAAGACACUAUGGGUCCUUUGAAAUUGCUUAGACACCUAGUAGGUAUUAUUUUUUUCGUUUACCGAAAAGGUAAAGUAAAAAUACUUUCCGCCAGCCACACUUUCCAAUUUAUAAAAAAAGCUUGAACAUGAGCUAAAUGAACUUUAGUGUCUGCAUUCAGUCUUUUCAUUGAGAACGGGUGCAAUUUUAAUAUCAAAACUUUAAAGCCGUCUUUGACCGAGCAAGGUUUUUUUUCUUUUUUCUUUUCAAUGGUUACUGUGCUCGAUCUGAAUAAGAUAAUGAAUUUUUUAAAAUUAGGGGAAUACUAUAUUUGAAAGAAGAGAACUUUGAUUCAAGUGUUAGUUGGAAAAAAUACUGAUUAUAUUUUAUUUUGUAGUACAUAAAGGCUAAAAAAGUGAUGCAUAUAGUCUAAAGUGCUACAAAGGAGUAAAAACCCAGAUCUUUCCAUUAAUAAAUUUUAUUGACAAUGUCAGGGACAUAAGCUUUCCUUGAGUACACAUUUGUUCGUCAAAAAAAUCUUGUUUGUGAGGCUGCACUUUGUUUGAUUCAGGAUCAGUCAAUCUUUUCUGAAGAGAAAUGAAAAGUAAAGUAUGUUAACAUGUCAGAUACUUCAACACUGCCUUAGCCAACAACUAAGAAGUAACUUAACUUCAUAUCAAAAAACAAAGUGAAAACUACUUCAUGGUGAAACAAAAACCCCUUCAAAUAUAUAUCACAUUAACUUCAUGCAAAAUGGAGACCUGAUGAGAAGUUUGUAGGAAUAGAAACAAACAAUAAUAACAAUGAAACUAUAAUGUUUGAAUGAGAUCUGUGAGUGUUCUCUCAUACUUCUGACAGAAGAUCAAAAUUGGCAACUGCCCAUCCUACACACCCGCAAUCAUUAACAUGAUCCAACUAAAAUUUCAUUAAGACUCAAAGUUUACUCCAAACUUUAAACUCCUAGUUAUUUUUUUUCUUGGAAAGAACUUUUAAAUACUUAGUAGCAUGUUAACUCUGUCUUUCAUUCAUGCUCCAAAACAAUUUAAGCCAUAAACAAUGGCCAGAAAAACUGAAAAGCAUUCACAGGAAAAUUACCCUGUUCAUCUCCUUCCAGGAUCCAAUUUUCAAGCAAAGAAGCACCCCCCACAGAAAGCCUUGUGUGCACAAAUUUGGUACUAAAAAAUUGUACACGCGGGUAAUCAUGUCCGUAAGUGCAGUUCCUAACGCGGAAAGUAACAAGGACCUCGUUGUGGAUAAUCCCAAGCAAAAUUUAUGAGCAAAAUAAUCUAAACUUCCCACCUUCAAUUAUACCAUUGCAAGUCUAAAAGUACAGCAGCUGUACACAUUGUAAACAGAAUAUUUUUUACAAAUCAAAUGUUGCUUGACCUAUCGUUACCUACCUAGCGUUUUAAUGAAAACACUCUCUCAAUUACUCAUUCGACAAUUCGGAUAAAACUCAAAUUUCUGUAACAUACAAAGAUGUACUAAUGUACAACAACAAUGAAAUGUGGAUCGAUGGACAAAAUCACGUUUCGAACUACGCACUUCAUGAUCAGCUUUCGAUCCACUAGCUACAAGACAAUUUACACACCAAGACAAUAGCUAAGAGUAAUUCUUUACCUUCUUUAUAAUUUCCCUCUGUACCGAGUGACACGAGAUUAAGUUGAACCAAGCGUAAGCAUAUUUUUCUGCAAUAAACAGUGUAAACAUGCGGAGAUUAAGCAUCUAAAUAUAGUUUUUCCAGCAACAAAGUACACGCUAAGUCAUAUUAACAAAACAAAGCCCAAAAAUGUCUGUCCCUCUACUUUUUUAUGUUGAAUCCGUGAUAAGAAACUUGAUCUAAAAAACAAAAACAUUUUUGAUAGCAUUGUAAUACGCUUUUCGAUCAACAGUCGAAUGUUAUCGAAUGUUAGAUUCACAAAGUCGAAUUUUGACACAAAAACGGGAUACACAUUUAACAGAACUGUCGCUUCCGUGCAACUCGGUACAAGCUAAUUUAUAUACCAAAACAAAGCCCAAUAAUUUUUCUUCCACUACUUUAUAAUUUCUUUUUGUACCGAGUUUCACGGAACAUGCAGUAAACAAAAAGAGCAAAAAUUACCCACCUUUUCGGCAUGUCUUCCACAUGCAAACCAGCGAUCUCAGCGUCAAUAACACUGAAUCAAACCAUGCCAAUGCAAUUUUUCGCCAGUUUCAGGAUCCUUUUUUCUCUAGAGAACACACUUACGUCAAAAUAAUUUUUGAUCUCUCACAGUGACAAGAAAUUGCAACGCUGUCACUGUCAAAAAAAGCUGCCAUCGCUUCUUUCAUCUGAACAACAUUUCGCGGGCAUUUUCGCCUCGGAGCCAAUGACAUUACGCGAAAUCGAUCACGUGUCAUUUUUAGUAGAGCAUGCGCAGACAUUUUUCGCCGGUGAAACGGCCCUUUUUUGAGGGGCUUAUUUUUGGAGGGUUUAUCUACGGAGGAAACUGUGCGUUUCAAACCGAUUGGGCUAGCCUUAUAGUUGGACGUAAAUUUACUGUUUUUGCUUUGUUUUACUUUGUAUUUGAGGGCAAUUUUCCAAGUACAAGCCCUCGGGGGGCAUAUAUUUGGAGGGGCGAUUUAACGGAGGGUUGUUUGCGUUACCGGUUUAAGGGGCUUAUACAUGGAGGGGCUUAUUUUCGGCAUUUUACGGUACAGUGGUUGUGUUUAAUAUAUGUUAAUUUCUGUCCUCUCUAAGUCCGUUAUUUCUUCUCGUUGGGUAAGAGUCUAUACGGGGUGUACAAAAACCAACAAUGCAACUGGGAGUGUUGUGUCAGUGUUAUCCUGUCGGCUCAAGGUGGUAGAGCAAAUGAUGGAGGAGUGACCGAUGACAACGGAGAUCAAGACAUGGAGACGAACCAGGCGCAAAUAGACGAUGUCGGGGUAAGGAUAAUAUAUGUUUCAUCACUAUAAUAUCUGAUAUUUUCAAUCCGACCAAUUAAGGCCAGUGAAAGGCCUUGCACAUUGAUUCCGACCUACCUGCCAGAUAGGAUGUCAGGCAUAUGAACUCACAGUGACAAGCAAAGAAAUUCAAUAACCAAACAACUCAUAAACCCUGCCUUGGAAAGUUCUCCCCACAGCCCGUGCGACUUUAUCGAUGAAAACUGAAGCACUGUCCCAAUUUAAAUGAUUGUCCACUUAGCCUUUCUAUAUUGCCUAUUAGCAGGAUAGGAGGUGGCUCGGCUUGUUUGGGGUCCUUUAGGGCAUUAAUGAAUGAUACUUCCGGUGAGUAGAAGUAAAGGUCAUGAAUCCCUUUUUAAAGUUGAGCCUAAAUCUUGUUAAGCCAUCGCGAUUCUGACUCCAGGCCUCAAGAGUAAAGAGAACAUUUAUAUUUAAGCACAUUGUGAUUGGGAAGGUCAUGUAAUAAAACAACUGCACAGAACCAAUGAGCGAUGAUGUGAAAAAGCACAACCAGGCCAAAGUAUCCAUUUAUUGUCUAUAAUUUAAAUUUCAGGUUUCUGGCUUUGGAGGCGUCACUGAUAGCAUGGAAGUCAUUCCUCUGGGAGUGGAAAAUGUAGGCGUGGAUGACAUUUUGGAGGACGAAACAAAUAAAAAACCA